CAGCGCGAUUUUGAAUGGGUUGUACGCGCGGCGAGUUCUCAAAAGUCGUGUUUUCCAGCCGAUUUCAAAAUAUAUUCAUAGUAACUGAAGAAUCCCAAUGAAAUCAGAGAUUGUAAACACAGCAACGGAUGACCCAAAAGAAAAACAGACUGCGUGCGUGUGUGCGAUAUAUGGAAAACGCAGCUCAAUAAAAAAAAUCUCUGAAUGUGUAAAACUGUUUUUCCGAAUCUUUUGAUUUUUGUUUUAUUUUUGUGUGUGUCUUUUGGUAAGCUACCAAAUGAAAAUUGUGUGCAAUAAGCGGCGAAUGCAGGCCAGCAGCAGCAACAACAACAGCAACAACAACGGAAUCAACUGCAGCAACUGCGGCAACAGCAAUUACUGCGAUCGUAUGCACGCGGCAUUCUAACUGUAAAGCACUUGGCAACGGUCAACGGCAGAGGCAAGCGGCAAGCGGCAAGUGGAACGCACAGGAGCAACAUCAUUAGCCGGCACUUGAUUGCAUCAGCUUGGAGCGGAGCCACGAGAUAUAGGCAUUGGUUAUCUGCGAUCGGAUAUCGACGACCAGAUGCUGCAGAACCAUGGCGGCAAUCACUAGCAAUGUGUCGCGAUUGGAGCCAAUGCGCGGUAUUUCCAUAAUCAUUGAAUCGCCAGAAGUGUCUGCGGCAACACCACCAGCAGUGGCAGCAACAACAACCGCAACAGCCGCAGAAGCCGCAUCAACACAAGUAGCACCAACUGCCAAGAGCAACAGCAACACUGAAAUGUCGCUCAAGUCCCAGGCUGGCAUGUUGCUGGCAUUUGGCGACACAGCAGCAACAACCAAAGAUAAUUUGGAAACUAGUUACGACACAGCAGCGAAGUCGGCAGCAGCACCAGGGACCACCAAAAUCUAUCCGCAGUUGCUGCUGCGCAUUGGCGGAGAAAUUGCCGGUGCAACAGCAACAGCAGCAACAACAGCAACAACAGCAGCAUCAGCAGCAUCAGCAGCAACAUCACCGACCAUAAUCAGCUGCAAUGGUGAAAUUGCCGCCAGUCAGCCAGCAGCAACAGCAGCGGACACAGCAGCAACAUUGCAACACAACAACACGGUGAAGAUUCAAAUCGAAAGCCAGGGUCAGCAGCGGACUCUGGGCAAGCAGAUAAGUGUGGUGAAGCUGAACGAGGGCGUGGAGGAGAUGCAGCAGCACUUGUGCUACUUGGUGGACACCAGUGGCCAGUACUCGCCCUGCGAGACCUUGGACAGUGGCACGGGCAGCGAUCUGGAGGGUCAUCCGCAGCAGCAGCAGCAGCAGCAGCAGCAGCAGCAGGUGAGGUCACCGCAGCUGGAGCUGCAUCUGCAGACCACGCGGCUGAUGGUCAAGGAGGAGGCGGACCAUAAGCACAGCCCGCUGGAGACGCCGAGUCCCGUUCCGAAGCGAGCGUACAGCCUCACCGAUGACAGCGAGGAGUGCGAUGAGAGCAGCAACUCCUCGCUGAGCUGCGAUUCCCUGCACUCCGGUGGUUUGCUGCCCACUACCCUGCUGCGGGACAUUCGGCUCAGGGAACGAGCGUCCAGUCCACUGGUCACCAAAGUCGAUGGCAGACCGCUGCAAUUCGAAUCGGAUGGCUAUUACACAUUCCACGUGCGCGAGCACGAGAAUUUCCGCAGUUUUGGUUCCAAUUCCUCGACGGAGUACGAGGCACAGCCCUUUUCGGAUGAACAGCCGGGUGAGGACUUUGCCGGCUAUCGGGACAUCCGGACGGCGGUCAAGCUUCCCGCCAACUCUACGAUUAGAUCUGCCAAGGGAACCGUCCGUGGCGUCAAGAAUCGUGUGCGCAAUGGAGUAGCCGCCUUCUUGCAACUGCAACAGCCCAAUGUCAAGAACUAUAUGGAGAAGGAUCUGGGCAAAGUGGUUUUGUACACCACCAGCAUGGGCAUCAUCAGGGACACAUAUGCCAAGUGUGCCAAUGUCAAAAAGAUUCUGCGCACACUGCUAGUAAAGUUCGAGGAACGGGACGUUUUUAUGAGCGUGGAGUACCAGCAGGAAAUGCGCGAAAGGAUGCACGACGAGACCAUCCGGGUGCCACAGCUCUUCGUCGAGGGUCAGCACAUCGGGGAUGCCGAUGUCGUGGAGCGGCUGAAUGAGAGUGGCGAGCUACGACAGCUGUUGAGACCGUACAAAUCGAUUGCCACUGCGUACACGUGCCAGACGUGCGGCGGAUAUCGCAUGCUGCCGUGCCCCGCGUGCAACGGAUCCAAGAAGUCGAUGCACCGGAACCACUUUACGGCGGAGUUCGUGGCCCUAAAGUGCAUGAACUGCGAUGAAGUCGGGCUGGUUAAGUGCCCGAACUGCUGA